AUGUCUGAAGUUGACAAGCACGAGACGCUGCUCCACAAGCUCUCCUACCACCAGGAUUCACUCAAGGGCAUUUUCGAUCUGCCCUGCAACAACAUGCACGUCAAACUGGCUGCCAUUGAGCGCAAGAUUGUCGCCAUAGAGGAGCUGGUCCUUGAGUUGCCCUAUGGCGAUGAGACUACCUCUUUCGAAGAGUGGCGCCUUACCGUUUCCGAGUUGUACCGUCGAUUCUUUCAGUUGGUCAGCGAGAAGAAAAAGAAGCCCGAAAAAGCGGUGUCCUCCGGAAAGGCGACCAAAGACGGCUCCACUCACAAGGACGCCUCCUCAAAUGAGGAAGUAGAAACUGGAAAUGUUUCUCCGGCUACUGCUGGCACCGUGACUUCUUCUGACAACCCGAAGUCGAACAAGAAGAGGUCCCAGUCAACUGCCUCUGGCACUGAACAAGGCAAUGGUGGCCGUGCUUCGCAAGGCUUUCGCCGCCCUGGACCGGUCAAGCAGACCUAUCGAAACCUGAGUUUUCGCCGCACCUCUGGCACCUUGCCGAUUUCUGCUGAGCCAGCCGUUGAAAAGAGCGUCGAGGAGCAGAAGGAGGAGCUGAAGACUCAGUAUGAUGGCUUCUUUUCGAAAUUGGAGCCCGUUGCCGAACUAUCCGUCGACUCCGACCUGGAAGGCAUGCGAAUUCUCUCGCUGCUCGUCAACCGAUGCAUUCGCCAGAUGACCCCCUUUGAAGACGACUCCCAGCUGUUGUCCGACCUGCUCAACUUUGCUUUGGCGAAAGCUCCCAAGACGGUGAUUGAACGCUACAAUAGCCUCAAUGAAGAAGCGGAGAAGGAGGUGGAAAAGGAUGACGCUGAAAACGAGGACGAGUCAAAGCGCCCCCCGCUGAAGGGCCUUCGCCUGCUGAAGAAGUGUCUGGUCGCUGAACUGACUGAUUUCUAUGAAACCGCCAAGGCGGCUCUUGUCACUGAGGAUGGGGGCGACUGCGCCGGCGGCGAGGCUACUGAAGGGCAGAACUGUUACUACUGCAAGUCAACCGGACACUACAAGUUCCGAUGCCCACAGAUGCGAAACCAGAUCUGCUUUCGCUGCUUCAAGCGAGGCCACAAGGCCAAGGAGUGCGGCCGCCGCUGCUUCAAGUGCGGCCUGGCGGGCCACUACAAGAAGUUCUGCAAGGCCUAG